UUAUUUCAAACACUGCACCAACGUUUGUUAUCAACGAAAUUGAAUAACAAUACUCACGUUUGUUUCGGUGGCAAACACUGCUUCCUACAAGGGUGCGAGUGGCGAUCGUCAUCGCUUGUUUUUUGUGUUUGAGUUGUUUGUGAUAAGAUAGGCAGUAUUUUUUGCCCUACUGGAGCAACGAAAGAACCGCAGCGUGCAAUGAGUCAAGUGCUAAUACGUGUCGUCUGAUUAUUCAUCAUUGGAAGUUCUGAUCGUGCAGAUCGUGCUCCAUUCUGGUGGGCGUGAGCGUAACAAUGUCUCUGAAUAUCCUAGUAACCGGUGGAGCGGGAUUUGUUGGCUCGCAUACAAUUCUAGAGCUACUCAAAGCGGGACAUCGAGUUAUCUGUGUGGAUAAUUUGUGCAACGCCUAUGGCGAGGCAAACUCCAAGCUGCCAGAAUCUCUGAAACGGGUACAGGAACUGACAGGAAAGCCAAUAACAUUCUAUGAUGUAGACAUACGUAACAAGGACGGGUUGAACGAGGUUUUCAAAAAGCAUCAAAUCGACUGUGUGGCACAUUUUGCAGCACUGAAAGCGGUUGGAGAAUCAUGUCGCAUACCGCUGCAAUAUUACCAAAAUAACAUUACCGGUACAAGCGUCUUGCUCGAAGUAAUGGCCGAGAACAAUGUAUUUAAGUUCGUCUACAGUUCGAGUGCCACUGUUUACGGAGAACCGCAAAAGCUUCCCUUAGACGAAAAACAUCCGACAGGCAACUGUACUAAUCCUUACGGUAAGAGCAAAUAUUUCACCGAGGAAAUAUUGAAAGAUCUCUGCGAAUCGGAUUCCCAUUGGUCGGUGAUAUCGCUGCGCUACUUUAACCCAGUUGGAGCGCACAAAUCGGGACGCAUCGGCGAGGAUCCCAAUGGAGAGCCGAACAACCUAAUGCCGUACAUCUCGCAGGUGGCCGUUGGACGUAGAUCCUGUCUGAAGGUGUUUGGGAAUAACUAUGAUACUCCCGAUGGAACUGGCGUGCGUGACUAUAUCCAUAUUGUGGAUCUAGCUGAAGGGCAUGUCUGUGCUAUCGAUAAGCUAGUUCGUGGACAAUUAAAUGGGUUUGUAGUGUAUAAUCUUGGUACAGGUUGCGGCUACUCGGUGUUGGACGUGGUAGAAGCAUUUUCCAAGGCUUCUGGAAAGGAAGUAAAAUACGAAAUCGUCGAUAGGCGUCCUGGUGAUGUAGCCACAAGCUACGCGGACGUUACGCUAGCUGCCAAGGAACUGGGCUGGAAGGCUAAACGAGGUCUGAAAGAGAUGUGUGAAGAUACUUGGAAUUGGCAGAGGCUAAACCCGAAUGGAUUUGCCGGGUAAAAUUAAAUGACGGGUAUAGAAUUAAUGUUUGUAAAACAUGCUUUUAGUGAGGAUAGUACCGCAUUUCCAGAAGAAAAAUAUUGCCAUAGAUAAUGUAUUUUGUAGGUAGUAAAAAUUAGAUCCCUGACCAAA